AAUGUGGUCGUGCUCGGCGGCGGCGAGCCUUUUUCAGAAAAAAACCUGGCCCUCCCCUCCUUAAGUCUCUUUCCCUCCUCUCCCAACCUUUCUUCCUCCAUCAUCCAACUUCUUGAGACUGGUCCGUCUUUUCCUCCAAGACGAACAGCGUGGACUUGAUUCUUUCAUUGUCCUCCUUUUGAUCUCUUUUCUUUCCUCUUGCCAGUGUUGUUCGUUUCCUCCACGAACAGCCCCGCAACCUCUGCACAGAGUUCGACCCCUCCAUCGACACUCUUGCCCUCACCAGACUCAGACGUUCAUUCGUACUAGUCUGUCAUCCUAGGAAUUUUUUCGCCUCCACGAACCUUUUCCGAACCUUUUUUUACAACCCGACAAGAUGCCUUCCGAGAACGCUCAGUCCGUCAAGGUGCUCGACGAGCUCUUCCAGAAGCUCACCGUCUCCACCGAGGCCGCCGCCAUCAAGGAGACGUCUGGCGAGAUUGCCGGCUUUGUCAACGGACGUAUCGAGGACCAGGAUGUGCCUAACAAGCUCAUUGAGAACCUCGAGAAGCAGUUGGCCAGCAAGAAGGAUGCUGUCGCCCGUGAGCGCGCUUGCGUCGCCAUUGAGCAGAUUGCUGUCCACUCCGAGGUUUCUGCUGCCGUUGAGCCCUACCUCGUGGUCCUCCUCCCCAAGGUCCUGUCUGCCGUCGGUGACAAGACUGUCAACGUGAAGAAUGCCGCCCAGGCUGCUGUCCUCGCCAUCGCUGGCGCCAUCAAGGGCAACGCCUCCAAGGCUGCCCUCCCCCACAUCAUUGAGUCGAUCCGCAACGCUCAAAAGUGGCCCGAGAAGAUGGCUGCUCUUGACUUCAUCGACGCCCUGGUCGUCUCCGCCCCUGCCCAGCUCGCCUACCGUGUCCCCGAGUUGAUCCCCGUCAUCUCCGAGGCCAUGUGGGACACCAAGAAGGAGGUCAAGGACCGCGCCUACAAGGCCAUGGAGAAGCUCUGCCAGCUCAUUGUCAACCGUGAUAUCGAGCGCUUCAUCCCCGAGCUCAUCAAGUGUAUCGCCAAGCCCGAGAACGUCCCCGAGACCGUUCACUUGCUCGGUGCCACCACCUUCGUCACCGAGGUCCAGGAGCCUACCCUUGCCCUCAUGGUGCCCCUGCUUGACCGUGGUCUCGCCGAGCGUGAGACUGGUAUCAAGCGUAAGGCCGCUGUCAUUGUCGACAACAUGUGCAAGCUUGUCGACGACCCCAAUAUCGUUGCUCCUUUCUUGCCCAAGAUGAUGCCCGGUCUCCAGAAGAACUACGAGAACCUGGCUGAUCCCGAGGCUCGUGAGAAGACCAAGCAGGCUCUCGACACCCUCAACCGUGUCGGCAACGUCCAGAACGGUGUCAUCCCCGAGGCCCGCAACGACGGUGCUCUCAACAUCGUCCUCGAGAAGCUCACCGAGAUCCUCAAGCCCAAGUACGGCAGCUACCUGGAGAAGAUGGGCCCUCUCGCCGAGUACAUUUCCGCUAUUGCCGGCCAGCUCGUCGAUGAGAAGGAGACCGAGCCCAUGAUCUGGGUCGAAAACCUGAAGCCCUACGUUGCCGUCAUCACCGGCAUCGACAACGCCGAGGCUGUCAUUGAGACUCUCCGCAAGAAGGCCUCCCCCGGCGCCGCCGAUGAGGCUGAGGUUGAGCCCGAUGAGGAGGAGGGUGAGGAUCUCUGCAACUGCACCUUCUCCCUCGCCUACGGUGCCAAGAUUCUUCUCAACCAGACUCACCUGCGUCUCAAGCGUGGUCAGCGCUACGGCCUUUGCGGUCCCAACGGUUCCGGCAAGUCCACCCUCAUGCGUGCCAUCAACAACGAGCAGGUCGAGGGCUUCCCCAAGCAGUCCGAGGUCAAGACCGUCUUCGUCGAGCACGACCUUGACUCUGCCGAUACUGAGAUGACCACCAUUGACUGGACCAUGAAGAAGCUCCAGGAGGCCAAUGUCCAGACCAGCCGUGAGGAGGUCGAGAAGCGCCUGGGCGAGUUCGGCUUCAACAACGAGAUGAUUGCUGGCGAGAUCACCGCUCUCUCCGGUGGUUGGAAGAUGAAGCUGGCUCUGUGCCGUGCCGUCUUCGAGGCCCCCGAUAUCCUGCUGCUCGACGAGCCCACCAAUCACAUGGACGUGAAGAACGUCAAGUGGCUCGAGGAGUACCUCAUCAACUCCCCCUGCACCUCCAUUGUCGUCUCCCACGACUCCGGCUUCCUCGACAACAUCUGCCAGCACAUUGUCCACUACGAGCGCUUCAAGCUCAAGCGCUACCGUGGUAACCUGGCCGACUUUGUCAAGCGCGUGCCCUCGGCCAAGUCCUACUACGAGCUCGGUGCCUCCGAGAUCGAGUUCACCUUCCCUGAGCCCGGUUUCCUCGAGGGUGUCAAGACCAAGGCCAAGGCUAUUCUGCGUGCCACCAAGAUGACCUUCCAGUACCCCGGUACCUCCAAGCCCCAGAUCCAGGACAUCACCUUCCAGUGCUCGCUCGGCUCCCGUAUUGCCGUCAUUGGCCCCAACGGUGCUGGCAAGUCGACCCUGAUCAACGUGCUCACCGGUGAGCUCAUCCCCACCAAGGGUGAGAUCUACCAGCACGAGAACAUCCGCAUUGCCUACAUCAAGCAGCACGCCUUUGCCCACAUUGACGACCACCUGGACUCCACUCCCUCCGAGUACAUCCAGUGGCGCUUCCAGACUGGUGAGGAUCGCGAGACCAUGGACCGUGCCAACAAGAUCAUCACCGACGCCGAUGAGAAGGCCAUGGACAAGGUCUUCAAGAUCGAGGGUACCCCCCGCCGCGUCAUUGGCAUCAACUCCCGCCGCAAGUUCAAGAACUCGUACGAGUACGAGUGUUCGUUCGCCCUCGGCGAGAACAUUGGCAUGAAGAACGAGCGCUGGGUGCCCAUGAUGUCUGCGGACAACGCCUGGUUGCCCCGCUCCGAGCUGUUGGCCUCUCACCAGAAGAUGGUUGCCGACGUUGACAUGAAGGAGGCUCUCGCCUCUGGUCAGUUCCGUCCCCUUGUCCGCAAGGAGAUUGAGGCCCACUGCGCCAACUUUGGUCUCGAUGCUGAGCUCGUCUCUCACUCGCGCAUGCGUGGUCUGUCUGGUGGCCAGCGUGUCAAGACUGUCCUGGCCGCUUGCUCGUGGCAGCGCCCUCACUUGAUCGUCCUUGACGAGCCUACCAACUACCUGGACCGUGACUCCCUCGGUGCCUUGUCCAAGGCCCUGAAGAAGUUCGAGGGUGGUGUCAUCAUCAUCACUCACUCGGCCGAGUUCACCAAGAACAUCACCGAGGAGGUCUGGGCCGUCAUGGACGGCAAGAUGACGCCUUCCGGCCACAACUGGGUGUCCGGCCAGGGCUCUGGUCCCCGUCUUAAGGGCGACGAUGACGAGGAGGAGGAGAAGUUCGAUGCUAUGGGCAACAAGAUUGUCAGCACCAAGAAGAAGGCCAAGCUGACCUCGUCCGAGGCUCGCAAGAAGAAGAAGGAGCGUAUGGCCCGCCGCAAGCGUGGUGAGGAGGUUUUCUCCGACGAGGACGACAUCUAAACGCUUCGUCUGUCUGUCAGAGAACAUCCCCCCCUCUUCUACUAUCCGAUACGCAUCCACCUACAACCUUGACGAGUCCGCCCCCCCUCUUCAGCAUGAUUAUAUUUUCCCUUUGUCGCAUAAUGAAUUCUCUGAGCAAAAAGUACCUUCUUUCUUGCCGGUUGGCCGGAAUCUUUUUUUGGUCUCAAAAUGGAUGCAGCCUACGCACAUACCCGUUGGCUGUGGAUAGAAGAACUCAUGAUAUGCUCUUUUUUACUAGACUAGACUAUGUCUCGGGCGAUGGUGUUUACCGGGGGCGGGAGGACUGUCGGAUGGGUUGGAGGACCUGUACCGACUUGGUUCGCCCACCCUUUUUGACUGUCACUGAGACGCCAUGGAGGAAAUGGCGAUAGAUAGAGCCAAUGAAUUCGUGACGACCAAA